UCACGAGGCGGCUCGCCGGCCGCUUUCCCGGCCGCACCUCGGCCAGUCUCUCGGUCACAACAACGCGACUGCAACUCGGGAUUCGGGAACGCGCCGCAUGCUCCCACAGACCAAAUGAAAAUCCGCGAUGUGAACCCGUGCGCGUGUGAAGUUUGCCAUUCGCGAUGAGCAAAGUGAACCCUAUGCAAACGUCCGCGAGCGUUUCGUCCAUCGAUCAGUUGCAGGUCAAGUGCAAACCAGCUAAAAAACGACGCAAAUCUGACCGGCUGCGAUUACCUACGCCACCUCCGGAUCCAACAGUAUGUCCACCCACACCACCACCUUCCACGUCUGCCAACAAUGCGGAAGGAGACACGAAAAAUGUUUGCGACAAAGAAGCAGAAUUUCUGGAGUAUUUGGAGACCUUACAGAGGAGUCCCUUGGUUAUGGGUACUCGUGGAGGUGCUUCGUUUGCACCUGCGGAGGCAACCGAGGCAGCCAUUACACAUUUGGAUAAACUAUACAAACUCAUGGGACAAAUGUUGACUCUUCGAGAACAGAAUAUUCUCCUACACAGAAGAAUUAUGGAUUUGGAGCGGUUCAGGAGUAUGCAAUGUAUGGACAAGCAAAUGGAGCUUAUUGCAAAGCUCGAUAGUGUUCCAGCUGAUGAUGACGACACCGCCAACGCCGAAAAUCUCUUAUCUAACAUCCUAACAGAGUCCAAAAAAGAAUCGAAGAAAGUGCAGAUGAAGUUCCAGAAAUCUAUCACUAGAAAAUCCCUAAAACUGAGGAGUUUUGAAACUGAUGGAUCAACAGGUGUCCGCCGGAUAUCCAUGCCCUUUAGCAGUUACAGUGAUAAGCAAGCAAAAGUAUCAAAGUGGACCAAAGUGAAGGCUGCUUUCAGGUGGGAAAAGGCAUCUCCAACGGUGAGUGACGCCAAAUCACAAGACAGUGGUCUCGGGAUACCCCAACCGCUCAACUAUGAAGUGGCACGUUAUCUGCGAGUGCCCUCUACAUCCGAAGAUGCCGGCGUAAGUCCAGCGGAUUCUGGUGCAGCCGAAGUGUCCACACCAGCAACGCUGUCUUCGGCGUCUUCGGCUGAGGAACUACAUCGACAUCACGCUCGACGAAGGACGCACGAAGACACGUCCGAUGACGAUCAACUAUUUGUGUACGAAUACAUUCCAUGCAGUGCAAAGGACGAGGCGUCCACGUCCAAGGGGCAGGGCUGUAGCAAGCACAAGACGCCUUGGGCCAAAGUGAAGGACAUCAUUCAGACGCAGACGCGUAACAGUUUCAAAAUUCGGCAUCGACUUAGCACGAAAAGCGACGAUUUUAAGUUAGAAGAUAGUAUUAUGGUUGAUAGUGAGAACGAGGAAGUGUUUGAUGUGGAAGAACCCAAAAGCCCCAUUCUGAUUAUUCAAAGUCCAGAGGAAAUUUCGCUGGAAAAUGAAGCGUUGUCAUUGGAACACAAUAUACCUGUUGAUAUUAUAGCCAGAUAUAGAAUCAUAAAUGAAGAAAAUGGCGGUAGUUUGGAAUCAAAAUGGGAAAAAGUCAAACGCGCUUUUCUCCAUUCGCCCAGCACGAGCAAAAAUGACAGCAGUAGUCCAACGACACCAGAACCAUAUGCUAAAGAUGACAAAAAUGAUAAUAAUAUUCAAGCUGAGAUCCAAAGAAAUUAUCUGCAACUUCAAAAAAAGUUGUCUUUGGAAUUCCAAGAGAAAUUACAAGAAUGGGAACGAACAAAAAUCAGAGCUGCAAGUACGUCAGCCCUAUCCACCUCCCCACAUAAUUCUUCUCAAGAUGAAAGCAAAGAACAAGCUUUCAAAAAGAAAAUGGAAGAAUGGCAGAAGAUUAAAGGUCAACCCAAGCAUAAUAUGCAGCUGAAAAGUGAAGAAAAUUUACCGCCAGAGUUCCGAAAAAAGUUAGAAGAAUGGAAGAAAAUAAAAAAGAGUUCUGUAAAAGAAGAUAAAAGAAAACCACCGGAAUUACCCAAAUGGAAAUCUUUUGGUGGGCCUAAAACUGAUUUAGAAAAUCAGCAGCUCUCAGAAGAUUUCCUCAAAAAGUACGAAACUUGGAAGCAAAUAAAAGCGGGUAUCAUUAGUCCUGAGGAAAACGAACGCUUGAUGGUAAAGGGUAGCAAAACACCAAGUCCUAAAUUGUCAAGAAAAGAUGGUAGUCAGAAGAAACCCAAAGAUCCAACAGAAAAAGAACUGCAAUGGUUUGAAAAAGGUAUCGAACGAGAAAAACAGCGUUUAGAACGCGAUAAACAAAAGUUUCUGGAUAGAGAACAGCGACUUUCGAAGUUGAGAAGGUCGGUUAUAGGUCACAACAAGAAGGAAAUCCUGGUGCACCUUCCGUCGGGUUUUUAUCGGUUUGAAGGUAUCUCCAGGAAGUUCACACAAAAGUUAUACGAGUGGGAAAAAGCGCGUGGAAUAGAACCAGAGAAAUCGACCUUCACGCUGCUCAAAUCCUCGUGCAUACCACACAUCGAAUCAAAAAGCAAAUUUCCGCAGCGCCAACUAAUGCGAUCGAAAUCGGCGGACAGUGUCAUGAACGAACCACUUGGGCAACUGCUGAGUCAGCGUCCUUCAAGUUUGUCGCUCAACGAGUUAGGUAAUCUGGAGGAAGAGAUGUUGUUGCCGGAUAUCAUUCGUUCCGGGGAGAACAAUCCCAGUGAACCGGAUGCUAACGAGGAAGAGAAUGAAGAACCCGAGGCUGUUAUCGUCGAGGUGGAGGAUGUGGUCGAAGAAACUGCUUCAGUUAUGCCGACAUUUGCAGAAAAACAUUUCGCUGUCUAUCAAAAACAAGAAACUGAUAAACUCUGCGCUGGGGCAACCCAUUUAGGUCCAACAGUGCGUCGAUCUGAAUCCGCACGUGCACAAGCCAACUACAACCUCAUCGAGGAAAUCAUCGAGGUGCUCAAAAAGCUCGUAGGCAACGAAAACGACAUCGACGAUGUGGAGCGCGCCAAGUCAAUCAUCGCCCUGCACGAGCUGGCCGAUGAUGAAGCAGUUCGCGGGCUAAAGUACAAGCAAGAGCAGCAGAAACAGCUCUCCGAGGUGUUGAUCGAGAAGCUCGUUCAGUUGCAGGAAGCUAACUCGAACGUUGCCGUGAAUAUUGCGCGCGAGGAACCCAAGUACAAGAUGGCUAAUUUGGUCGAUGUCUUGGACACCAUUCAAGAUUUAACUACCGAAUUAUUCGCCCUGGCCGAGUCCAUUGACCACUUCAUUUACAAACGAAACAAAAAUCAACUUGAAUAUGGCGGCAUAGUCACAAGCAGGAAGACAUAUCCACAGAUCGGGGAAUAUUUGGGUAACAUGAAAGAGAAGAUGUUGGAUCUGCGAAGAAAUUUGAGCUAUAUUUGUGCUGCAUCCGAUAUAGCUGUUGCAUCUUUUAAACGUAAAGAAGAACGUCCCUUGUUGCGGAAGAGCUCAUCACGUGAAAGCAAACGUAAUGCAUAUAAAAAAUCACGAAGUAAAGACAGUCGUGAAGAAAAUGAAGAUGCUGCUAAUUCACCAACGCUAAGUCGUCAAAUUGAACAGGGUGCUGUUAAGAAACGGUUGAGAUAUCGUCAAAAGGUACAAACUAAAACUUUUGAAGAAAGCGAUGAUGAUGACGAUAAACUCCUUCUUCAAGAACAACGCAAAUCAAAACCACGCCGUAUACGUUCUCAAAAUAGUACAGAAAGCAAUAAAUCCAUUUCAAAAAAUGAAGAAGAAGUAACAGAGAUUGUAAAACCUUCUGAAAUCGUUGUUGAUUCCGCAAUUGUAGAAAAAGUCUUGAUACCAACCAAAACAGCAUUUAUGACAAGUUUUGAAGAGUUGUCUAGUUCUACGCCUGCACAACUUCAAGAAGAUGACAGUCCUGUAACUGUUUUUGUAAAAACAACUAGAAAAUUAUUCACACCUAUUGUUUCCGCGGCCGUGGGACAAGGUACCAGCUCGGGUACCAAAUCAACAGAUGAAGAUAGAACUUCCAGAGCUUCUGUAUCGAUAUCCUCAUUGACAUCAACGUCAUCUUCUAGUGCUAUGAUACAUUCUACGUGUGUAGACUCACCAGCUGAACAUGUGUCCCACCUACCACCAAUUCCUGCAUCCCCAACACCACAGCGUAAAAUGCCGAAGGAAAUCUCCCCUAAUAUUCGACUAAUGAUGGUGCGAUACAAUCAAAAAUUAACGGAGGAAACUGGUGGUGUGCGGUCAGCAGGUAGUUCUGGAUCUGCCUCACCAGUAGCCUGGCGUUCCCCAGUCUUAGAAAGAAGGGUUAAAGCACAAACCGAAAAAUAUCAACAGGAUUUACAAAAGAUGUCACCACUUCUAGGUGGACGCAGAGAAGUACAAAAAAGUGCUAGUAUGGAUGUGGUAAUCUCGGGUAACAAACAAGUCACCGUUCAUAAAAUAUAUGAUCAAAUUAACCCGAAAGGAAUUUUGAAGUCUUCUAGCACAAGUGUUAUUAAACCCAGCGCAUAUGCGCCAACUUCAAUGACAAAACCUUCCUCGCCUAUACCCGAAGCAGAAGAUGUAAAAAACACCUCCGAUGCGCGAAGCAUAAAAUUGCAAAAAGCAAAAGAAGAGUUUCUCAAAGGUGUUACUUCUAACACAAGCACAACACCUAAUUCGCCAACUGUCAAUGACUGGGCCAAAACUAAAAAUGUUACCGCCGCUGAACAAGUCCCAAAUCAACAAGCACAUCCGCAAGAAGAAACCUCGAAUGCAUCUAGUCAGAAACAGUUACGUUAUCCAACAAAAAAUCGCCUGAGUCAGGUGAGCGUCAACAGCACCAUGAGUUGUUCAUCGCAUUCAUCGAUAAACUACGGCAUGCUGAUCAAGUCAGCUAGUGUUGGAAUGAUCAACGUUGAUCCACAAACAUAUCAACAAUUUGAACCUGCGAUGCAUGCUGGUGGAUGUACAUCCCUGCCGAGAUCCGGCUCGUCGAAAAUGAAUCUCCUAUCGAGUUUAACUUCCAAGUUCAGGAAAGUUAAAAUGCGACGUAAUAAAGAGAAAGACAAAGAUAAAGAAAAAAUGAAUACUGUCUCAACGUUGUGUAGACAAAGUCUAUUGGUGGAUAUACAUAAUUCUAGCCAAGAGACUCUGUCGGAGGAUCAAAGCAGAUUGUCAAUACCCUCGGAUUCGAAAGGAUCUUCAACGGAUACGUCUCCGUCAACCUCGCGGACUUCAAGCUGGAUCAAACGUUCCGGAAUUUUCACCGUGAAAAAAACUUAAGUUAAUAUUGUAAUCAAAGCAGAUCGCUUGAGGUAGUCACUAGUUUACAGCUAACACGAAGCAUUUAAGUAAUUAUAACGUUUGUAUUUUUAUUUCAAGCAUCAAACCCGUUUUAUACGCGUACGCAUUGUUAUAAUAUCUCUAAAAAAAUAUGUGUAAGGAUGGAUAUAAUUAAAUGUAUUUGUAAGCGAAUGAAA